UCGAUAAAAACGAACUGUAGAAUCAACAAACCUGGUACAAAGUACAACAAAUAAUAAACUUCAGUUAGCCGCUAUAACAACAUGGCCUCGACGGGACUGCUGGUAGUGUCCAACAUUAAGCAACUGGGCAAAUCACUGCGCAGCAUUGAAAAAUACGUAAAUUCGCUAUACAUUCAUUUAAAUGUAGCCGAAACGACGCCAACGCCGCCGCCACCUGUUUGGGGUCGUCUUAUAUCACAAUUGUAUGCGGAUAGUGGCAGUUAUGUGGGCAAUCAGAUGGAUCUGCGUGUGUUAGUAGCACCACUGAAGCAACAACAUUCCGUAACACAACUACGCAAGCCGGUGGAUUUAUUAUUCUCGGACGCACAUCAGCCGGAACUUUGCGAUCGGCUGCGCACAGCGCUCAACAUUAGCAAACCCACCAUAUUCCUGGAGGAAGAAGACAGCACUACUGUGCAACUGCCGUCGAAUUCAGAGUCAGCCAACUUAAAGGUUUAUGCGAAUGUUGUGCUAGGCGGCACCUUCGAUCGCAUUCAUAUUGGCCACAAGAUAUUCCUUACUCAAGCUGUGUUGCGCGCACGCAAACGUCUGGUUGUGGGCGUCACCACAUUGGCCAUGAACAAGCAUAAAGUGCUGUCUGAAUUGAUAUUGCCAGUGGAGGAGCGUAUUGCGCAGUUGCGCGAGUUCCUUUUGGAUAUUGAUAACACACUGCAAUAUGAGAUUGUGCCCAUCGAUGAUCCCUUUGGGCCCACGCAAACUGAUCCCAACCUCGACAUGAUUGUCGUCAGUGAAGAGACAUUGUAUGGCGGACAAAAGGUCAACACGAUAAGAGCAACUCGUGCGCUUUGCCAACUGGAUAUUUUUUGCAUUGAUAUUGUGGAAAGCAAAGUUAAUGAUGGCAUACAUGAAUCAAAGGUCAGCUCGAGCAAUACUCGCAUCGAUCUGCUGGGUACACGUUGGCAACAGCCUGAGCUACGUCCAAAUCUGCCCAAACGUCCUUAUAUUAUUGGACUGACGGGCGGCAUAGCGUCGGGCAAAAGCAAGAUGGCCGAGCGUUUGGGGAAGCUGGGCGCCCAUGUCAUUGACUGCGAUAAGGUGGCACACGAUGUCUACGAACCAGGGCAGCCCUGCUAUCAGAAGAUUGUUCAACACUUCGGCAGUGACAUCUUGGCGAGCGGUAAUGGACGGAUUGAUCGCACAAAGCUGGGACCACGAGUUUUUGCCAAUCCGAAAGAGUUGCAGCUGCUUAACUCAAUUGUUUGGCCCGAGAUUAUGGUUGAGGUGAACAAGCGUCUGGCAAACCUUCGGGCGUCAGAGCAAGUGCCGCAAGUUGUUGUCUUGGAAGCAGCUGUCUUAUUGAAAGCCGGCUGGGAAUCCAAUUGUCAUGAGGUGUGGUCCAUGAUUGUGCGACCCGAGGAGGCGGUCAAGCGGGUGAUGGAGCGCAACAGUUUAAGCGAGACGGAGGCACGCAAUCGUUUGGCCAAUCAAGUGGCCAACGCAGAUAUUGUGGCCAAAUCGCAAGUGAUCUUUAGUUCGCAAUGGGAUUAUGAUUUUACGCAGAGUCAGGCAGAGCGAGCUUGGCAAUUGCUACUCAAGGAACUCAAUGAUGGCAAGCAGCAGAGUAGUCUAUAGAUAGAUAAGAUAUUAAUGAUUGCCAGCUGAUUGUUUUUAUUUGUUGUUAGUCAUUGUUGUCAAUGUUUGUUAAUGCAUUCUGUUUUCUUUUUUAAUUUGCUUAAUUGUAAGUCGAAAGUACAGAUCAAUACCAAUCAAAUUUAA